AUGUAUACGCCCACUGCCGAUGCCGUGGCCGGAUAUUCGACGGGCACUAUGGUGGAUAAGGAUGCGAGCCAGGAGACGACGUUGGGUAGUGCCUACUCACCGGUGGAUUACAUGAGCAUCACCAGCUUCCCCCGGCUUCCUGAGGACGAUGUACUUUCUGCAGAGAAUACUCUGAAGUCGCGCAAGGAUGAUGAUAAUUUCCUUAGCGAGCAAGACACAGACCCUGACCUGUUCUUGAAAUCGGCACGACUGCAGAGGUUACCCUCCUCUGCUUCUGACCUGGCCAGCCAUGACAUAUCACCCCUUAGAGAGACCCACCGUGACCCGCUGGCUGAUGACUGCAGCUGCCAGAGGGACGGUCUCACAGUCAUCAUCACAGCCUGUCUGACCUUUGCCACAGGAGUCACCGUGGCCCUCAUAAUGCAGAUCUACUUUGGAGACCCUCAGAUUUUUAACCAGGGUGCGGUAGUAACAGAUGUGGCUCACUGCACAUCUCUUGGGUUUGAGGUGUUGGGAAAACAGGGCUCCAGUGUGGAUGCUGCCAUUGUAGCUGCCCUUUGUCUUGGAAUCAUUCACCCUCAUUCUUCAGGCAUUGGCGGGGGCGGAGUGAUGCUUGUGCAUGACAUACGUAAAAAUGAGAGUCGAGUCAUUGACUUUCGUGAAACAGCACCAGCUGCCAUCCAUGAAGAGAUGUUGCAGUUUAGUCUUGAGCAGAAGCCAGGCCUGUUGGUGGGUGUUCCAGGGAUGGUUAGUGGAUUACACCAGGCUCAUCAGCUUUAUGGAAGAAUGCCUUGGAAAGAAGUUGUUACCAUGGCAGCAGAUGUUGCUAGAAAUGGAUUCAAUGUGACUCACGACCUGGCGGAUGCACUGAACAAAGUGAAGGACCAGAAUGUUUCGGAGGCAUUUCGAGAGCUGUUCCUACCAGACGGCCAGGCUCCACUGUCAGGCUUGUUCACUCAUCGUCUUGAUCUUGCGGCCAUUUUGGACAGAAUUGCUGCUAAUGGAGUUUCUGAGUUCUACAGUGGCAACCUGUCACAGGAAAUGGCCUCUGUGGUCCAAGCCAGUGGAGGUGUGCUCACUGAUGAAGAUUUUAGUAACUACAGUACAGUUUUGCAAGAGCCAGUGCAAAGCCUCUAUCAGGGGCAUCAAGUCAUGGCAGCACCCCCUCCUCAUGCCGGAGCUGCUCUCAUCACAGCACUGAACAUCCUAGAGGGCUUCAACAUCACCAGCCAGGUGCAAAGGAAUAGCACCUUCCACUCCAUCGCUGAGAGUCUGAAAAUUGCUUUGGCUUUAGCCAGUGGAUUAGGAGAUCCCAUGUAUGACCCAUCGCUCUCUGAAGCAUUGACACAGAUGCUCAGUAAGUCCCAGGCUGCCUCAUAUCGCCAAAUGAUCAACGACUCUCACGCCUCGCCUGCGGGAUACUAUGCCUCUGCAUACGCACUGGAGGAAGGAGCAGUGGCCAGUCAAGUCAUGGUCAUGGGACCAGAUGACUUCAUCGUAUCUGUUAUGAGCUCUCUUAACCGUCCAUUUGGAAGCAGGAUUGUUACCCCCUCUGGAAUCCUCUUAAACAGCCAGAUGCUUGACUUCUCCUGGCCAAACAAAACCCAAGCGCCCACCCCACCCAAUCCGCACAACAGUGUCCAACCUGGGAAGAGGCCACUUUCUUUCCUAAUGCCUACAGCAGUGAGACCAUCCUUGGGCCUGUGUGGCACUUACGUUGCCCUUGGUUCUUCAAAUAGUGACAGAGCUCUUAGCGGUAUCACUCAGGUUUUAGUCAAUGUCUUGUCCUCUCGCAAAAACCUGAGUGAUAGUUUGACAUAUGGCAGACUCCACCCUGUCUUGCAGACUAACACACUCCUGGUGGACUCUGAGUUUCUGGAGGAAGAUGUCGAGAUGCUGCUACAGAAAGGCCAUGAGGUACAUAGAAUAGAUAUCCUAUCAUUGGUGGAAGGCACCAGAAGGACCAAUGACCUGAUAAUAGGUGUGAAGGACCCUCGUAGUGCAGAUGCCUCCGCUUUGACUAUGUCAAUGUCUGUACCCUAG